CGGGGCCCAGGCGGAAGCGCGGUGCUCACGACCCGGAGUUGCGAGCACGGUGUAGGCGCUACACCCUCUACUGUACCGGCGUGUCCGCCAGCCCAUGGCGGUGCAGGCGCUGCAGAGCUCGGGCGUAGGCCUGCGCAGGAUCCUGGCUCACUUCCCCGAGGACCUGAGCCUGGCCUUUGCCUACGGCUCGGCAGUGUACCGCCAGGCAGGACCCAGUGCACACCAGCAGAAUCCCAUGCUAGACUUGGUGUUCACAGUAGAUGACCCUGUCGCCUGGCACGAAAAGAACCUGAAGAAGAAUUGGAGCCACUAUUCCUUCCUCAAACUCUUGGGGCCCAGGAUCAUCUCCUCGGUCCAGAAUAACUAUGGUGCUGGGGUCUACUUCAACCCGCUGAUCAUGUGUGACGGGAAGCUUAUCAAAUAUGGGGUUAUUUCCACUGGCACCCUAAUUGAUGACCUCCUGAACUGGAAUAAUCUGUACAUCGCAGGACGCCUCCAAAAGCCGGUGAAGAUUGUGUCUAUGAAUGAGAAUGUGGUUCUUAGAUCGGCCCUGGAUAAGAACCUGAAGAGUGCGGUGACAACCGCCUGCCUCAUGCUCCCGGAAAGCUUCUCCGAGGAAGACCUCUUCAUAGAAAUUGCUGGGCUCUCCUACUCAGGUGACUUUCGCAUGGUGAUUGGUGAGGAGAAAGCAAAAGUCUUGAACAUCGUGAAGCCCAAUGUAACCCAUUUCCGAGAGCUCUAUGGGAACAUAUUACAGGAGGACCCCCAGGUGGUGUAUAAAAUGCAACAAGGCCGACUAGAGAUAGAUAAAAGCCCAGAAGGACAGUUCACUCAGCUAAUGACAUUGCCCAGAACCUUACAGCAGCAAAUCAAUCAUAUCAUGGACCCUCCUGGGAGGAACAGAGAUGUGGAGGAAACCUUACUGCAAGUAGCUCAAGACCCCGACUGUGGUGAUGUGGUGCGCCUAGGGGUCUCGUCAAUAGUCAGACCUUCAAGCAUCAGGCAGAGCACCAAAGGCCUUUUUACUGCUGGUGUGAAGAAGUCGGUGAUUUAUAGUUCACGGAAACUGAACAAAAUGUGGAAAGGGUGGUUGAGAAAAGCACCCUGACUCGGCUAGUGUUUGUAUUAUGUGUAGGUUAUGAAUAAAUGGCUCUGUGCUUUUUGAUGGAGCUUUGUUUAUCA